AUACGUGCUUUCCUAGAGUACGGUUAACAUGAAGGUGGCACUAGUUUUGGGAUGUCUGGUGGCACUCGUGGUGGUAGCGAGCGCCCGAGACCUGAGAGAGAAGCGUGAUGCCGAUCUCGAAGCAGCGGCCUCCGGAAAACACGAGAAGGGCGGUGGCAAGGAGCACCACGCCCAUCACCACCACGAUCAUGGCGGCAAGGGACAUAAGGGCUACAAGGGCCACCAUCAUCACGAACACGGCAAAAAGGGACAUCACCACCACGAAGGCCACAAAGGUCAUCACGAAGGCCACGGAGGCCACAAGAAACACCAUCACCACGACGAUGGCCACCAUCAUGAACACCAUCACGGUGAAAAGGGUGAAAAGGGCCAUGGUUUCGAAGAAAAAGGACACUAUCACAAAGGUCAUUCCACUAAAGGUCACCAUGGAGUACAUAAAGUAGACGAAUUCAAGAAGGAUAAGCAUUUCCAUCAUAAGCACGGUGAAUCUGGCUACGAAGAAGGACAUGGAGGACAUCACCACGAGCAUGGACAUAAGAAGGGAGGUCAUUUCCACAAGGGUCACAAGCAUGGCGGCCAUCACGAACACGAGCACGGCGAGAAGGGUCACCAUGAAAAGGGUGGACACCAUCACGAUCACAAAGGUCACCACGACGAAGGCGGCCACCACGAGCAUCACCAUCACCAUCAUGACCAUGGAAAGAAAGGAGGCCAUGAACAUCACAAACAUUGGGGAUUUAAGAAAGGACAUUAAAUCAUCCUUAUUGUUAAAUAA